CGAUAUGAGAAAAUGGAUGAAGCGAAUUCAAAUGAAGAUAUGAUCGAAGUACUUGUGAUCAGUGCACAAAAUGGCAAAGGUAUGUUAUUCCCUAAAGGUGGGUGGGAACAUGAUGAAUCUAUGGAAGAGGCGGCCGUUCGAGAGACGCUCGAAGAAGCCGGUGUUGUUGGCAACAUCGAAUGCAAAUUAGGGAAAUGGUCGUACGAGAGCAAGAGGCGAAGUGCUUUCCAUGAAGGCCACAUGUUCGAGAAAAACACCCGGACUAGGAAAUGGGUAACAAUCUCUAAAGCUAAAGAAGAGUGCCCACAUUUGUGGAUGAGGGAAGCUUUAGAGGAGUUGGGUACAUAA